GAGAACUCACAAAGAGAGUGAGCAAGUGAGUGAGUGUAAUCACCAACAACAUGUCUGCCUCUGUCAUGGCUUCGUUGGCUCUGAAACCAUCUCCACCUCCACUUUGGGAGCGAUCAAAGAUCCGAGGCGUGCGACCUUCGGCGAGGCCAUCCUUGCUCAUAGUGGCCAGCAAGGUGAAGAAGAUCCAGACUGCCCAACCCUACGGGCCUGGUGGAGGAGCGGAUUUCAAGGACGGCCUUGAUGCAUCUGGAAGGGUGGCCAAGGGGAAGGGUGUCUACCAGUUUGCCAACAAGUAUGGUGCAAAUGUUGAUGGGUACAGCCCAAUAUAUACCCCAGAAGAAUGGUCUCCCGGUGGUGACGUUUAUGUUGGAGGAAAAACAGGGCUGUUUCUCUGGGCAGUCACUCUUGCUGGAAUUCUGCUGGGUGGCGCUCUCCUCGUCUAUAAUACUAGCGCCUUGGCUUCUUGAACCCUGCAGCAAACCGAACAAUGUGUAUAAUAGUAUAAUAUUACAACUGUGGUGACGUAUGUAACUGGAUGUAAAUAUGAGUACCCACAAUGAAUAAUACCGCAAAAUAUUAAUGUUCUAA